GAAAAACUCUAAGGUUUUAUCUUUCCUCUGCGGCAGCUCUACUUAUAUCUAUCUAUCUAUCAGUUUGCUUGUUGCUACAGCUUUGCAUAUAGUGGACAAAGUAAAGGUUCUGCAAUUUUAAAUGGAGAGGAUAAAUUCUAAGUUAUACCUGCAGAACUGCUACAUAAUGCAGGAGAAUGAGAGGCUAAGGAGGAAGGCUCAGCUACUCAACCAAGAGAACCAGGUCCUGAUCUCCCAGCUGAAACAGAAGCUCGCUAAGUCCUGCGCAGGACAAAGUGCCAACUCUAAGCCCUGCCCAGCAACUAUGCUUGACCUUAAUAGUCACCCAUCUGCAACUGCUGAGCCCAGUAACUGUGAGUCCUAG